GGUGGGGGUGGGAGUAGUACACUAUCGCUACUCUCACUCAAUCAACCAAAAUAAAGACCCCCGUGAGGAAUGUUUGGAGGCAUUCAUAAAAUCACCAAAACUAAACAUCCCGUUUUGACGUUUCCCUUCGCUGCUUUCUAUGGCUCUUCAGUGCCAAACACCCCCCCUCUUAUUGUUCACGAGUCUUUGAUUCCUUCUUUAUCACCUCUUUCUUAUUAUUACUCCUCUAUCUAUAUAUAAUCAAACAAUACUUCUUUCCUUCUUUCUCUAAUUUUCAUAUCCUCCAUUUCUUACCGUGUGUUCAUUACGUUUUUACCAAAACUUACUUGGUACAGGAUUUGUCUUUACCUCAAACAUUGCCUGUGAACAUGAUCUUUUGUGGCCUGUGAACAUUGCCUCGAUACCUCUAAAGCGGUCCUUGCCUUACCAAGGCAAGGAGUAGAUUUGGAUGUAUGCAACUUUACUUGUGUGAUUAUGUAGAGAUUGUUUUUAGUUGAUCAUUGAUAAUUUGAUAUGGAUAUAGGGAUUACUACUAUGUGUUAUGACUUGUGAAUAUUUCACAAUAAAUAAGAAAUGUAUACAAUUUAAUGAACCAUGUUCUAGUUAGUUCGUUAUAUUAAUAAACCAAAGAAUAGUGAUUUUUUUUUUACUUAGUUGGAUAUGGAGAGUACUACGUAGUCUAAACUACAUAGUUUUAAGGAGCAACAAAGUUCCGGAUCGAACUUAGAGCUUGUUCGUUAUCAUUGUCAAUUUCGAAAGAAAGAAGUUGCUAGUUUUUGUGUUGGUUUUCUAAUGUCACAAGGCCAGUAUAACUGAUUUUAAAGAUGAUAAUACAAUUUAUAUUGUACGGACUGGACUAUUUGUACGACUUGUGAAAUAGCUUGGCGAGUAAUUCAUUUGCUACUUAUAGAAGUAAAAACUAUGUUUUGGGAAGGAAAUUAAGGAGCAUUUUUUCCACUUAACUUUUAAGAAUUUCAAUUGGUAUUUGUUGUUACAUUGACGUUAAAACCAUGCUGGUAUGGCGGUGGCAAGUGACAAUGACAACAAUGAAAAUGAUGUGGUCGAACUACAUUAUUAAUAACUAUUCAAUUGGGGUUUACGGCUUUAGCUAAGAUCCUGAUUCUUGGGAGAUUAUUAAGAUAAAAUUUAAUAUUACCAAGACGUCCAAGUUGAUGAUGGUUAUUGCACUUAUCAUGGCUUAUGAGGCAAGAUUAGUUUGAUAAAAUCCUAUUCUGAUAUUUUGCAAAUAUUAUCCGAUAAAAAACUUCCAAUUUGAGCACUUUCUGUUGCAAUUUACAAUAUUAUUCAUGUUCUGUCUCAUUCCAUUCAUAUAUGCAAAAUAUUGAAAUGAAAACUUUGAAAAUGAUGCGUAAAUGAAAAUCUUUUAUUAUAUUAGAUGCUUAAUUAGUCUUAUAAAAGUAAUUUUUUUUUUGUUGGUGUAGAGAAAUAUACAUGCAUCAAUGUAGACAAUAUUCAAUCUCAUGUUUUGAGGGCUCCAUACAAAACUUACGUCAUUAUUGUUUAAGUAAGGGAUAUUAUCUCCCUUAAGUGUCACUACUUUGUUUUUACAUGAGUAGGGGGUAUUUUUGUCAAAUCACAGUAGCAUGUAUGAAUUUAAAAAAAUUUAUGUGAUGAAAACUGUAGCAGUCAUUUGGGAAGCAAACAAGGGAUGAUCAUAUUGAUAUGAGAGCACAUCCCCUCCCCCCUUUUCUUUUAAAAUAGCUAGCCUCGGAGAACAGCUUGCAGAGUGUGUGCGAUAAGGGAAGGCCAAAAGCAUAGAGAAAAGAAAGAAGAAAUUAAAGGAAGAGAGAGAGGGAGAGAGUCAAUGGUUUCCAGGGAGCACAAAAGAGCUGCAGCACUGCAUGAGAAGCUGCAACUGCUUCGUUCCAUCACUAGCUCUCAUGCAGAAAGUGAUACUGCAAUCGUCGUUGAUGCAUCGAAAUAUAUAGAGGACCUAAAGCAGAAGGUAGACCGGCUAAAUCAAGAUAUUAUAAACAGUGCACAAAGUUCAACAGUCCAAGAUUCACCCCCCACGGUUACAGUUGAAACCCUAGAGAAAGGGUUCCUAAUAAAUGUGUUCUCGGAGAAGAAUUGUCCAAAUUUGCUGGUUCAUGUGCUCCAAGCUUUUGAACAACUGAAUCUUACCCUAGUUGAAGCUAGGGCUUCUUGUACAGCGAAUUUUCAAUUAGAAGCAAUCAGUGUGGAAGGUGACGCAAAUGGUGGUGAAAUUGUUGAUGCUCAAGUAGUACGGCGAGCGGUAUUGAAGGCUAUCAGGCGUUGGAAUACAAGUACUGAUCAGCCAGACCAGUAAAUCAUCAGUUAGAUUAUUAAUCACUUGCAAGCUUCUGUUUUUUAUUUUCAACUUUUCUAGGUUGAUUAUGUGCUUCUUUUACUCCUUUUUUCAUGCCACCAUGCACCAAGCUUGUAGGUUAAAUAUUCUGUACGGAAGCCAUUUUGCUCACAAUCGAAAAUCGAAGAUUUCACGUGA